GGACCUCUUUCCAGCCUUACAUUUCCGUGCACCAUCCUCGCCUGCCUGGACUAUGGCUCUGCUGUUCUUGAUCCUUGCUGUUUGCACAGGAUCUGGCCUCUCAGAAUCUCCAACCGGAGUGCGGCUGGUGAGAGGCCCCCACCGAUGUGAAGGGCGAGUAGAGAUAGAACGGAUGGGCCACUGGGGCACUGUGUGUGAUGACGGCUGGGACAUGAAGGAUGUGGGUGUACUAUGCCGGGAGCUAGGCUGUGGAGCAGCCAAGGGAACUCCCAGUGGCUACUUAUAUAAACCAUCAGCAGGAAAUGAGCAAAGGGUCCUCACUCAACUGGUCAAUUGCACUGGAAUGGAAAAGAUGCUGUCUGAGUGCGAGCAAGAUGAAGAUGUUUUUGAUUGCUCACACAAAGAGGAUGCUGGGGCAUCAUGUGAGAACCCAGACAUCCCUUUACCUCCAGUCCCAGAGAGUGUACGGCUUGUUGAUGGCCCUGGACGUUGUAAAGGGCGAGUGGAGAUACAAUACCAGGGAAAAUGGAACACUGUGUGCAAAACAGGCUGGAAUCUCAAAUCUGCGAAGGUGGUGUGCCGGCAACUGGGGUGUGGGAGAGCCAUAAAUACACAAAAAUCUUGCGACAAGUCUACCCAGGGCAAAGGACCAAUCUGGCAGAGUCAGAUAGCUUGCUUAGGACAAGAAGUAGUCCUUCAGGACUGCCAUUCCGGGCCUUGGGAGAAGAACAAUUGCACUCAUGCUGAGGAUACAUGGGUGGACUGUGAAGAUCCCCUUGAACUGAAACUUGUGGGAGGACACAGCCGCUGCUCUGGAAGGCUGCAGGUGCUACACCACGGAAUGUGGGGCUCAGUGUGCAAUGAUGGUUGGGGAGAGCAGGAGGACCAGGUAGUGUGCAAACAGAUGGGCUGUGGGAAGUCCCUCUCUCCAUCCAUGAAAGAACGGAAAAUCUUUGGCCCUGGAGUUGGACGCAUCUGGCUGGACGAUGUCGAUUGUUCGGGGAAUGAACAGUCCCUGGAACUCUGCCAGCACAGGUUCUGGGGACGACAUGACUGCACCCAUGAGGAAGAUGUGGCUGUGAUCUGCUCAGAUUAGUAUCCUGGUCUUCCUGAUGCUUGUCUUGGCUUCCACCGGUCCCUGUGUGUCUCCUGAUUGUUUCUACUAGGCUCCCACUGGGUCUCAAAACUUAGCCACAACUCCCUGACACAUCAAUAACAUGGAUGCUGUGCUGACGUUACAGCUGGCAAGUUCAAGUACCUGCACAUGUGCCUGGAGAUGUGGAGAAGAAGAGCAUUCCACUGAGUUAUGCUCUACUCCUAGCUCACACUGUGGGCUGAUUCUGGCCUGGACUGCUUCCCUUCAGGCAACCUGGAAACCACAGAUCUGCCACUGUAACCAGAGGUGCUGACCAUUACCGAGGCAAGAUCCACGUCCAUAAACAAAGAAAAGCAACAAGAAAAGCCCUGGAGAGCAAAUGUGGCUAGACCAUUUCACAGAAAUUGGGGAAAUUGAGAAUUUGAGUGAAUCUGUGGAGUCUUCUUUCUAUUUUUUCUCAAGUGUCAAAUAACAUAGCACUCUUCUUGGUGAAAGUAAACCAUUUUCUCAGUA